AUGCUCAAAGAUUUAAUCGUAGAAGUUAAGAUUAACAUCUUCCAAUACGUUCCGAAUAUAUUGUGUCUCGCCUUAACAUGCAAGGCGUGGGCAGAAAUUAUGCGAGAUCCCCAUGCCAGAGCUAGAUGGAUCUUGAGAAAAUAUGGACGAUCAUAUGCCUUAUUCCAUAGUAUACGUUUAGGACCUCAAUUUAUUAACGUAAGCGUGGUUCAAUCGUUGUUUGCAAAUAAUGUCAUCCUUUCUCGGUAUUUCAUUCAGAGAUUGGUUAUGCACUUUGGAGAGUACGAUUCCAAGCUCACCGAAUUAAAAGCUGCGCAGAAUGGUUGCGCUGUGGAAACAAAUAAGAUUAGAGAUUUGACAAAACGAAAUCUUCACCCUUGGGCCAGUAAUCUUCCAGUUGAC